UAAAUUAGUUAUUCCCAUCAUUUCCCGCUGUUGGAUUCUUUUCCGUUUCUAUUUUCCAUAUUUUACUGUUGUGCUGUUUAUAUAAAACCUUCUGAAGCUAUGAUUUCAAUUAAGUCUUUUAUAUUCCCAAUGGCAUUUUGCCUGCUCCUGUUCGUCAGCAACAGUGAAGCAAUCUGGUGCUACCGGUGCAAUUCCGCCACACCAGGGUGCGGUGAUAGGUUUAACUGGCGCGGCAUCGGAUACCUGGGCGAUCCGUGCCCUGAAGAUGAUGACGUCUGCGUGAAGGUGAUCGAACGCAAGGGGACGAUCGAGACGUACACGCGCGAUUGUUUGAGCUCGCUGCAGGGAUUCCGCACCGACAUUCCGGCCGACAAGUACGAAGGAUGUCGUCCGGCGGCAAAGGAUCUUAACCUUGCGCACUAUGUUAACACAUCGGUCAAGGAGCUGGAUGUGAAGCGAGAUCAUUUCGAUUCGACAAUGUUCUGUUUCUGCUUUUUGGAUCAUAGAUGCAACGGUGCUCCGGCAUUAGGCGGUACCGGGCACAUCUGGAAGCUUAUGUUCACCUUUCUAAUGAUAGGGGCAGCUGUUUUACUACGCUGAAAUGGUUUAGAUUAAUUAACACCGCACAACAAUCUCAGCACACCGAAGCUGUGUGUUCGUAAUGGAACAUUCCGUCCUAAUUGAUAAGAUGUCAACAUUCCGUCCAGGAAAUUAGAAUAGAAUAAACGAUUACAGUUUUGAUAAAUACUACACUUUUAUUUGUAGCGGUAAACCAUAUUGCUCAUUUUACAUAAUUUUGUAAUGAUUUCCAUCUAUUCACUAAUCUUGAUUGUGUCAUAGCCGCGUAAAUAAAACAACACA